AUGGAGGGAUCCAAUUUCUUACCAAAAUGCUUCUUGAAUCUGAUGAUCAUAGCUCUCUGUUUAUCAUCAUUCGUUAAAAGUCUCGAGAUUGGUGAAACUUGUAGUACGAGUAGCCAAUGCGACGCCGGAUUGAGUUGCCAGAGUUGUCCGGCGAACGGAAUUACCGGGUCAAGUUGUACCCGGAUCCAACCUCUUAACCCGACUUCUAAGGUGAACGGUUUGCCGUUUAACAAGUACUCGUGGUUAACAACACACAAUUCUUAUGCAAUCACGGGGGCAAAUUCGGCAACUGGAUCUUUCCUUAUCUCUCCAAGAAACCAAGAAGACUCCAUUACUAAUCAGCUUAAGAAUGGUGUGAGAGGGAUAAUGUUGGAUACAUAUGAUUUUCAGAAUGAUGUAUGGUUAUGUCAUUCAACAGGAGGGACUUGCUUUAACUUCACAGCUUUUCAACCAGCUAUCAAUGUGCUUAAAGAGAUUAAUGAUUUUCUUGAAUCAAACUUAUCUGAGAUUGUUACCAUUAUCCUUGAAGAUUAUGUCAAAGCACCACAGGGAUUAACUAAGGUGUUCAAUGCAUCUGGAUUGAGUAAAUUCCAGUUACCGGUUUCAAGGAUGCCGAAAGACGGUUCGGAUUGGCCAACGGUUGAUGAUAUGGUGAAGCAAAACCAAAGGCUUGUGGUGUUUACGUCGAUGAAGGAUAAGGAAGCUUCAGAAGGAUUUGCUUACCAGUGGAAUUACAUGGUUGAAAAUCAAUAUGGUAAUGAUGGUUUGAAGGAGGGAUCAUGCCCGAGUCGGUCUGAAUCUUCUUCAUUGGAUUCAAAGUCUCAGUCUUUGUUUUUUCAGAACUACUUCACAACCAAUCCGAAUUCGACACAAGCGUGUGCGGAUAACUCCUCUCCGUUGAUCAAUAUGAUGAGAACCUGUCAUGAUGCAGCCCGUAAAAGAUGGCCUAACUUCAUCGCAGUCGACUUUUACCAGAGAAGCGACGGUGGAGGUGCCGCAGAAGCUGUAGAUGAAGCAAACGGUCGUCUCACAUGUGGUUGUGACAGCUUAGCAUAUUGCAAGUCAAACGCACCUUUUGGAACAUGCGAUGCUCCUCCUCCGAAGUCAGCUCCAUCGCCAGUCGCCGGUAGAACAGAGUCUUCACGGAAGCCGAGCAAUUUUCCGGCGGGUAAUGCUGAUUCCACAACAAUUGGAUUGUCAUCUCUCAUUAUGAUCUCUGCGGCGAGUCUCUUGCUGUGGUGA